ACACACAAACGCAGAACCUGACCGAGGACAAGCCCUAAGUUUUCUCUCUCACGGGAUCAGAGGUUGUAGCAAUGGAAGUGGUCUCCACAUCAGUUGGCAAGUUUACAAUUGACUUUUUCAACAAGAUGAAUGAGACCAACAAGGGCAAAAACAUUUUCUUUUCCCCUUGGAGCAUAUCAUCUGCUCUGGCUCUGACGUACCUGGGUGCAAAAGGCAAUACAGCAAGAGAGAUGGCAGAGGUUCUUUAUUUCACUCAAACAUCAGGAGCUGAAGGCUCUUCUUCUGUGGCCAGACCAUCUCGGGGGAGACCAAAGAGAAGAAAAAUGGAUCCUGAGCACAAGCAAGCUGAAGAUAUUCAUUCUGGCUUCAAAGAGCUCCUGACUGUCAUCAACAAACCCAGAAGCACCUACUCGCUGAGAAGUGCCAACCGCAUUUACGUGGAAAAAACCUUCCCAUUAUUGCCUAGAUACAUACAGCUCAGUAAGAACUACUACAAAGGAGAGCCACAAAAGGUUAACUUUAAGACAGCACCGGAGCAAGCCAGAAAGGAAAUCAACACUUGGGUUGAAAAACAAACUGAGGGCAAAAUCAAGAAUUUGCUGGGUUCAGAAGAUGUGGGAAGCCUCACCAGUCUGAUCCUGGUAAAUGCCAUUUACUUCAAGGCAGACUGGGAAGUGAAAUUUCAGGCAAACAAUACGGAGGUGCAACCCUUCAGACUAAGCAAGAACAAGACCAAGCCUGUGAAGAUGAUGUACAUGAGACAUACAUUUCCAGUUCUCAUCAUGGAAACAAUGAAUUUCAAAAUGAUUGAGCUGCCGUAUGUACAACACGAACUCAGUAUGUUCAUCCUCCUUCCCAAUGACAUCAAAGACAGCACUACAGGUCUUGAACAGCUGGAAAGAGAACUGACAUAUGAGAAACUGUCUGAAUGGACUGAUUCCAAGAUGACCGAAACUCUGGUGGAUCUGUACCUACCUAAGUUCAAAAUGGAGGAGAAAUAUGAUCUCAGUGAUAAACUGAUCAGCAUGGGAAUGCGUAGUGCCUUCAGCAACGAUGCUGAUUUCAGUGGGAUGGCUGAGGAUGCUGGAAUCCAGAUCUCCAAAGUUUUACACAAGUCUUUUGUUGCAGUUGAUGAGAAAGGCACUGAGGCAGCUGCUGCUACUGCUGUAAUUACAAGAUGUACAAGCCUACCUGUUAGCCAUGUUCUGAAAUUUAAGGUUGACCAUCCUUUCCACUUCUUCAUCAGACACAACAAAUCCAAGAGCAUCCUCUUUUUUGGCAGAUUCUGCUCUCCCCUAGAAUGAGUUAUUACUUGCUCCCAGGCAGCAGCCAAGGUUCACUGUUCAAUAGAAAAAUGUGAACUGCAGUGUUAAAAGCUCAACCUUAAGCCAUGUAGCCAUACGUACUGAAAGUGUAUGUCCUUUUUCUCCCCCCACCCCCCCAAGUAAGGCAGCACUCAGAGACCACCCUGUGCCUCUAAGACCAUCCCUCUACUGCUCCUUUCCAUUGCCCUAAUGAGACAGCCCUCCACAGAAAACAGAGUGAAGAAUUUUGCUCCCUUGCAUCAAACCGGCUCUUCUGGCUUUGUUGUUUGAGAGUAAGGUGGAGCCAUAAAAGCCCUCUGCACACAGGCCAUCAUCCAGCCCCAUGCCAAGUGCUGACUUCAAGGGAAAUACAGUUCAUCCUCCUGAAUCUCCCAGAGAGGAAAAAAAUCCCUGAAAGAAAAAAAAAGAACUUGUAGAAAUCUGUAUGCUCUCUUUUCCUCACUGGGAAACCUGCAUUUGCAUUACAAUGCAGUUUCCUUAUGUUCAUUUCAAAUUUAAAGAUUGUUGGGAAUUAACAAAAUUUAAUACAAACCCAGAAUAAUCUCAAAAUGCCCCUCACCUUCCCCUGUCUCACCGCGUGUAUGCAGACACAUUACAUUCAUUCUCUCCUGACUUUGCAGCUUCAUGAAAAAAUGAGGCAGCAAGGGAAAAUGGUCCAGCCCUUAACAUUUAAUCACUGCCUUCUAAUCACCUUGCAUUUUUUCCUCGUUUUUCUAAACUUUGUAGGUUAAGGUUACUGAGUGUUCCAAUCAGCAAAAAUGCUAAGAAAACUAUGAGCAACAUGCUUCUUGCUACCUCUUAUUGAUAUGCAAUCUAAAACCUCCAGAAUUCAAAUCUGCUUCCUCUUUUUAAUUUAGCUUAAUUAUACCUGUUUCCUGGCUAAUAUCUUCAGUUUCCUUGCUACCUGUAUCAUUGAUCAAUGUAUGAUUUAUGUAAUGAUUCAUGAUGAACUAUGUAACUUACGAGUGCAUCUCAGCAAAGAUAGUCAUGGUAUUGACAGAAACACCAGUGAGAUUUUGACUGAUGCUUUACUUCAUAAUUUUACCAUGAUCUGCAUUUAAUCCAAUAAAUGAACUUGGAGUUGUGUUUGUGU